UUCCGCUUCUUAUUUGCGCGGCACUAUACAAAGUUUAAAGCAGCCAAACUUACUCUUUCUGGCUCAGGAAAACUGCAGCUACAAUGUAGUCCGAUAAUCAUUUGCGGUACUUAGGAAAAUAGCUGAGGUUUGUGGAUUCGAUGUAACUGGCAGUGUUGGGUGUAGCAUCAUGGCCGGAUAUGGGUGUGCCAUUAGGUUGCUAAGCAACCCUGCUACACAUAGAAGUGACAUGGUGCGUGGGGUGCGUUCAGAAUGGUAGCAGUGGAAGAUUGGCCUUCGAGUUUGUGAUUUGAUGGAACUCCACAUUAAAAACAGCAAGCUUCAAGACACUGAUGUAAGAAGAAAGCCUCAUUGCCAGUCUCCAAAGAUUCAGACACUGCUACAAUGAGUGUCAGGAUACCUGCCACUGCUUCAUCAAUACCUACAAAAUACCAGACUGUGUUUAUUCCAACAUCAGAAAAGAAUGGUUUUAACUCAAGAUCCUUACGAUUCUCCUCCAGUCUCACGCAGAAUGAAAAUCCUGGCCCUGGGACAUACAAUGUUGGGAGAACACCUGCUGACAUCAAUAGUGUCUCAUUGUCAAAGAAAGGGACUGGUGGGUUUCCAUCUAAGGCUCCUCGAACUCUCCAGCGUAAAAUUGCCCGUACCCCAGCUCCUAAUGCAUACCUUUUAAAUAAGGAGUUCUUUUCUAAAAAGGAUUUCAGCAAGGGUAACUCUAGUAUGUUUCAGCAGCCAGUUGCUGUGGAAGUGGAAGAUACAAAACACCUGACACCAGCCCCAAAUCAAUAUAGCGCAUCGUCAACUUACUGUCAUCCAAAUAAUAAUGUAGCUGCUCAUGCCUCCUUUGUCUCAAAAACAAAAAGAGACCUUUUAAAGCCAAAUGCUGUGAAUGGACCUUCUCCAUGCCAUUAUACAAUAAAUGAUUCACUUGUGAAAGAAUCCACUAAAGUUCUAGUUUCAUGCUUUAAAUCAAAGACAUCUCGCAAUUCAUUGAAUGUGAUCUCAGACAACCCAGGGCCUGCAAGCUAUGAUCUAUACAAAUCUUUUGAGUCAGAAAAAAAGACCAUCUUUCCAAGAAAGCAUUAUCUCUGUUUUUCGGCCCCUGCCAUGCCAGUUCCCAAGACGCCCCCAGUCCCGGGUCCUGGACACUAUGCCAUUGUGGACUAUGAAGGACUACCUAAGCAACACAUGUCCAGUGCUGCAUUUGUUUCCAAUACCAGUCGCUGGGCUGGAGAUGUUUCAGGGAACAGGUUUCCUGGUCCAGGUGCUUAUUAUCCCGAAAUCCCAGGAAGAUACUCCUUUCUGUAUAACAGCAAUCGAAAAUGGGUUCCUGCAUAAAGAUAAACACAACUUAACAAAGUCAUAGAUUUCUGAAGAAUUUUAUAAUUCUACACUUAGAUUAUCAAAUCUUUAAUGUUUUUAAUAGAUGAAUGUGACCAAAAAAUGUUCUGGCUGCAAGAAAUGUAAGCUAGCCUUCCUGAUUAUCUUGCUUUUGGAGACACUAUUUAAUCAUUUAAAUGGAAAAUGUCGAUUUUUAUUUUAUGCUUAUUUCAUACAGUGUUUUAUACAUUUGACAUCUGUAAAUUAAAAACAUAAAUGAUGUAGUCUUUUUCCAGUGCCACAAAAUGUAGGGUGUAGCCAUUCACUGCAGGUGUGGGAGUUUGUGCAUUAAGCACUUUUGACACCUUGUUUUUUCAUUAAUUAUAUACAUGUCAAUAAAAUGUGCUUGAAUUAUUACUAUUA